AUGCCCGCCAACCCAUCUUUGGAAGCCGUGUCAGCGGCCAACGCCACAAAAAGAAAGAAUGCUCCUCGGGACGAUGAGGACAGUGGGUCGGAAAGUGGAAGUGACGUCAGCAUGAUCAAUGUCGACUUUGACUUUCACAACUUUAACCCAGAUGUCGAUCUCAUCGCAAUCAAGCGACUUCUCCGACAGACUCUUUCUUACGACGAAGAGCGUAUAGAUGUCCACCCCCUCGCCGAGCUUAUCUUGUCAGAAGGUAUACGGCUCCAGGCCGGAAGCACCAUCAAAACUGAUGGCGAGGAGAGCGAUCCUUGGGGAUUGGUGUCUGUCGUUGACAUUGCAAAGAACCAAGAACACCCCGCUUUGAAGCCCUUCUUGGAGUAUCUCCGCUCAUCAGUCAAAUCUGGUUCUCCCCUCGCAUCCUCCCUCACCCCUUCCGCCGGGUCAUCCAUUCGCCCUGCCCUCGUCUUUUCCCUUCGUAUGCUCAACCUUCCUUUGCCCCUCAUCCCGCAUCUCUACAGAAUGCUUUUAGAAGAGCUUGAAGUGAAGGAGGAGGGAAGGUUCACGCACUUUGUGAUCUGGAGCCGAGGGUAUAGACUGGAAGGUAACGAGGAGGGUAUGGGUUUGGACUACAAUGUCGUGGAGAAAUCUUCCAAGAAGAAGAAGGGAGGACAGAACCACGAGACUGUCGCCCUUGCUGCUGGCAGCUUCCCCUACCACCCCGAGGAAGAGUUCACGGAUAAGGUAGCUACCACCACCCAGACUUUCCCCUUCAAGACUGCCGCACCUCGAGACGCCGAGUCGUUCGGCGUCGAGCAAUUCGGCCGACUGACCCUCUUGGAGAAGAGCAAGCUUGUCGAGGCGAUCAAGGCGAUGCAAGCUGCUUGUGAUUAA